ACAUUUUCUGUUUUUUUUUUCUUCGUUUUCUCUUCCUUCUCCUUUUUUUUGCGAAGAGACUUCCCCUUCAGAUCCGUAUUAUACUCACGUAAGCAUAUUGUGUCACGUGACCGCGUCUUUCAAUAUGAAAAUACACAGAUCAAACAUGAAACUCAAUUCAUAUCUGUACGUGAAACCAUGUGCUUGAAUUCGUAAGUACGUCGUGUACGUGGCCGAAAAUGUCCUGUAAAUGAUAGGGCAAUUCAUGUUCCGUUAAACGUACAGGAAACUGAAUUUUACUCGGAGCUUUUUAUGCUGAAUGAAAGAACACAACCAGAAGACGAGCCCCAAUCAACUGCAGGAAACUUUGAAAUGUGUUCUACAAAAGGUGACGAUACGAGCAGGACGAUCCUUUGGUGUGCACCACGUGCCAUCUCGACUGCUGUGGCCAAAUGCCUGAGCUUCAUCGAGGAUUGUGAGGUAUGGUUCGAACUUUACAGCUACGCUAGAGCCGCAAGGGUGGAAUACAAGUACCAAACCCAACUUGACAUCCCGAUGGAGUACCUGGGAAACGAAGAGAUCUUCCAGAAGGUCAAAGGAAUGAUAGACAUCUUGGCAAACACCCCGUUUGAAGCCGAUCGACUCCCAUAUGGAUCAAUAAAGCGUCUCCUUGAAGAUUCUACCGCUAAACACGUUUUUGCCAAAGAUAUGGGAAUGGCUAUGACAGAGGGGUAUAGGGACUACCUACCGAAGGGGUAUCGACACACCUUUCUUAUAAGACACCCAUACCGUGCCUUACUAUCUUAUCGCAAGAUGAUAUACAACCACUUCUCUGGUCUUGGACUUUUUGAAGGUGACGCAGCCGACGAAAAUAAGUUCGAUAUCGAGCGCGAUGACCGAUUCUUGCCAUCUGGUUACUUCCUCAAGGAACUCUACGAUUUCUGGAGGUAUCUCCAAGAUACAAAUAUCGAUCGCAAUCCGAUCGUCAUCGACGCUGAUGAUCUGUUAUCAAACCCUCGUGGGGUUCUCUCAGCUUACUGUCAUGCCGUGGGGCUGCCGUACGGCGACCGUUUAUUAACAUGGGACGCCUCAACCGAGGCAUUUACCAAGAUGGUGGCUCCAGGUGACAGGCUUAUAAUGGAUAUGGUUCAUUUCUACGGGACUGCUAUGAAAAGCACGUGUUUCCUCCCGCCCAAAACGAUGCCGUCACGUGACGAACUGCCUCCUGACGUCAUCAGGUGCUCUGACAAGGUUGUGAAAUAUUACGAUGAAAUGUACGAUAGGCGACUCAAGAUUUAAGGGAAUAGUGAAGAAAGAAGUUCCAUUACAAUCUUCUUUGAUUUGCCUUGUAAAAAUAUGCAAGGAAAUUCUUCCUGUCCGACAUCAUACAAACGAUUAAUGUCCAUCAAAACCAAUUCUCCAUCUUGUAUUUUAGACCGACCAGCACCUGUUCUAGGCCAAGAGCAUUAGGCCGAGAUGGGCUUAAGAAUGAAAAUUUCAGGUAACAAUCUGACUUUUUUCAGGAAAGUUCCAGGAAUAUGUCUCGAAUAACAUACUAAAAGUCUUCACAAAUCCUCCUUGGAGAUUUUCUGUAAUCCAAGAUGGUAUCCACUAUAGAAAUCCAAUGUUGGUGUUCAUUUCAUUCUUUAAAUGGUGAAAAUGUUUAUUGAUAAAUAAUGUCAAGUCUAUGAAAUGUGAAAGAUUGUAUAAUUCAAACAAUAAACAGCGAAUGAAAUAGUGAGUGAUGGACAUCAUCGACUCUCUCGUUUGCAUGUCAUUGUCUUGUGCAUGAAAAAUUGGUUUGUGAAAUAAGCGAAACUUUAAAAUGUCAUAACUUUCUUGUUUUACAUCCGA